GGGCGGGGCGACGCGGCCCGGCGCGAGUAAAGGGGCUGCCUAGGAGCCCAGUGAGCCUUCAGCAGAAGCGCGCUGCUUGCCCUCCGCUCUCCCUGCUCCGCCCUCCGCAGCCCUCCACAGUCACCCCGGAGACCAGCCCUGUUAAGCUCUCGGCUCUGAAGCUGACUGAUUUCCAUGGCAGCCGCGAAGAAAGCAGUUCUGGGGCCAUUGGUGGGAGCAGUGGACCAGGGUACCAGCUCGACACGUUUUUUGGUUUUCAAUUCAAAAACAGCUGAACUUCUUAGUCAUCAUCAAGUAGAAAUAAAACAGGAAUUCCCAAGAGAAGGAUGGGUAGAACAAGAUCCGAAGGAAAUCCUGCAGUCUGUUUAUGAAUGUAUAGAGAAAACAUGUGAGAAACUUGGACAGCUCAAUAUUGAUAUUUCCAACAUCAAAGCUAUUGGUGUCAGCAACCAGAGGGAAACCACAGUAGUCUGGGACAAGCUAACUGGAGAGCCGCUCUACAAUGCUGUGGCUGCUCCAGUUUCUCCUGGCUCUUCAGUUCCAGUUGCCGUUGUCCCCUCUGGCUCUCCAGUUCCAGCUGCUGGUGCUUCGUCAGUGUGGCUUGACCUAAGAACCCAAUCUACUGUUGAGAAACUUAGUAAAAGAAUUCCGGGAAAUAAUAAUUUUGUCAAGUCCAAGACAGGCCUUCCACUUAGCACUUACUUCAGUGCAGUGAAACUUCGUUGGCUCCUCGACAAUGUGAAAAAGGUCCAAGAGGCUGUCGAAGAAAAUAGAGCUCUUUUUGGGACCAUUGAUUCAUGGCUUAUUUGGAGUUUGACAGGGGGAAUCAAUGGCGGUGUUCACUGUACAGAUGUAACAAAUGCAAGCAGGACGAUGCUUUUUAACAUUCAUUCUUUGGAAUGGGAUAAAGAGCUCUGCGAAUUUUUUGGAAUUCCAAUGGAAAUUCUUCCCAAUGUUCGGAGUUCUUCUGAGAUCUAUGGCCUAAUGAAAAUCUCUCAUAGCCUGAAAGCUGGGGCCUUGGAAGGUGUGCCAAUAUCUGGGUGUUUGGGGGACCAGUCUGCUGCUUUGGUGGGACAAAUGUGCUUCCAGGAUGGACAGGCCAAAAACACGUAUGGAACAGGGUGCUUCUUACUGUGUAACACGGGCCAUAAGUGUGUAUUUUCUGAACAUGGCCUUUUGACAACUGUGGCUUAUAAACUUGGCAGAGACAAACCUGUGUAUUAUGCAUUAGAAGGUUCUGUAGCUAUAGCUGGUGCUGUAAUCCGCUGGUUAAGAGACAACCUUGGAAUUAUUAAGUCCUCUGAAGAAAUUGAAAAACUUGCUAAAGAAGUAGGUACUUCUUAUGGCUGCUACUUUGUUCCAGCAUUUUCAGGGUUAUAUGCACCUUAUUGGGAGCCUAGUGCAAGAGGGAUCAUCUGUGGACUCACUCAGUUCACCAAUAAAUGUCAUAUCGCUUUUGCUGCAUUAGAAGCUGUUUGUUUUCAAACCCGAGAGAUUUUGGAUGCCAUGAACCGUGACUGUGGAAUCCCACUCAGCCAUUUGCAGGUAGAUGGAGGAAUGACCAGCAAUAAAAUUCUUAUGCAGCUACAAGCAGACAUUCUGUAUAUUCCAGUAGUGAAGCCCUCCAUGCCCGAGACAACUGCUCUAGGAGCUGCCAUGGCAGCUGGGGCUGCAGAGGGGGUUGGUGUCUGGAGUCUUGAACCUGAGGAUUUGUCAGCUGUCACAAUGGAGCGGUUCGAACCUCAGAUCAAUGCUGAAGAAAGUGAAAUCCGUUACUCCACCUGGAAGAAAGCUGUGAUGAAGUCCAUUGGUUGGGUUACAACUCAAUCUCCUGAAAGUGGGUUUCAUUGCUAUGAAGAGACACCUUAACCAACUCAACUCUUAUAAAGGACAACAUUUAAUUACAUUGGAACUGGCUUAAAGUUUCAGAGGUCCAGUCCAUUAUCAUCGUGUUGGGAAGCAUGGCAACAUCCAGGUAGACAUGGUGCUGGAAAAGGAGCUGAGAGUUCUACAUUUUGAUCUGACUGCUGCCUGGAGAGGCUGUUUCACAAGCAGCUAGGAGGAGGGUCUCUUCUAUACUGGGGGAAACCUGACCUAGGACAUCAAGGAUUGCCUACACACUGACACACUUCCUCCAACAAAUCCACAUUUACUCCAACAAGGCCACACCUCCUAAUAGGGCCACUCCUUCAACCAAGUAUGUUCAAACCAUCACAGUGUGUCUGAGUGUGUGUGUGUGUGUGUGUGUGUGUGUGUGUGUGUGUGUGUGUGUGUUGUCUUCUAAUGUAGACCAUACUCAGGUGAACACAGAGUGAUCCUCCUGCUUCAGCCUCCUAAGUGCACCACUGUAUCAAUCUUUAUUCUCCAUUAUUAGAUAUGAUAAAUCUUAUUAGUUUUUAACUGUUACAUAAUUCAUUCACAAGUGAAUUUUGUUAUUGUAAAAAAUUUAAAUCACCAAAAGACACAUGAAAAAGCAAUUAGAUGAAUAAACUAUAAUACAAUCACAAGAAAAUGUGUAGCUUUGCAAGAAAAUGAGGACACUGUCUAGAAACAAAUGGAAGCAUUUAGAAUGUGUGGAAAAGCAAGUUGCAGAUUCCUGGAUAAGUGUGCCACAUUUUAACAUGAAACAUGUAACUUAUGAACAAGUAAGGGUUUAAUUGAAAGGACUAUUUUAAUAUCCAUUGUGUUACUUACACUUGCAAACACUUUAUAUAUUAGUCUAGAUAGGUUGCUUAUGUUUAUUUUUAAACUGGGCCUCUAAUUUUAGGUUUAUUUUAGUAAAUACAAAACUAAAUUUUUGGUUAUUUUCUUAUAGUCUUAGAAAAUUAUGCUUGACUGGGAGCUGCGGAGAUGGCGUGGUGGUUAAGAGCAUGAACUGUUUGACCGAGGGCCCAAGUUCACUUUCCCAACAGCCACAUUGAGCCACCCACAGGAGCCUGUAACUCUAGCUCCAGAACAUGUAUGCAAUCCUAUUGCCUCCACAGGCAUUUGCACACACACACACACACACACACACACACACACACACACACACACACGUACCAUCCACACAAACACAAAAUCAAAACUAAAAGCAUAGACACAGACACAAAAAUCACUAAAGCACAUCAAAUCCUGAACAUAUCAAUUACUGCAAACUCAUAUUGUGUAAAAUGGUGCAAAACCCACACAUUAAGUAUACCAAGCCAGUUUGAAAAUGCUAUUCAUUGAGGCACUAAGCCAUUACCCCAUUUUUCUUUUUUGCUUGUCUGGGUUAACAUAUAAAGAACAGGGUUUAAUUGUCACACUUGUCAUCUACUUUGUCACUUCUGCCAAAUACGAGCCCCCUUGUGCUUUUGUGUUGAAUGUAGUUUGUCUCCCUCUCCUAGUUACAAGUUCCACCUUUUUAAAGUCUUCUCUCUGUCACCCCCCCCAAGUAAAUAAGUAAAUCACAAUGUGUUUAAAAAUUGUAUUUUCUCUUAGUUAAAUAAUGUCAUUCUCAUUUGGCAAAAAAGUGACUUUGACAGCAUUAUCUUUUGUAUAUUCGUAAAUGUUCUCUUAAUAGUCUAAAGAGCUACAAAUAAUACCUGAAAACAACAGUUUAAUGUCUGUUUUAGGAGAAAAGCAUUAAAGUCCUCCAGCACUGUAAGUCUAGUUUUCUGGUAUAAGUAAGAAAAGUCACUACAAAAAGCCUUUUGUAGAACAAUGUGAAUACCAAUGAAUGCAUGUCUUACAUUUGAUAGGACAUAAAAGAAUGCAAUCAUCAAUUCAAAUGUAACAAAAACAAAAACUAUUUUAGCCCAUUCAUUUGGUAGUGAGAAAUCAAAUGUUGUCAAGUGCGUAAAUCAAGGUGAGCACAGUCUGGAGUUUAAGAAAAGGACAUGUCAUCGUAUUUGAACGAAAGAUCUUGAAAAGACUGUUUCCUUCAUGAUUAAAGAAGUGCGAUACGAUCACCAUCAAUCUGCUACUGUAACUCAUUUUAAGCUGGUGUACCAUGACUAUCUUAGUUUAUUGGGAUUUAAAAUUAAUUUUAGAGGUUGAGUUCAUGGCCAUCGUUGCAGGUAGCAGGCGAGCAUGGCAUUGGAACAGUAGCUGCGAGCUUGCAUCCUUAUUUUGUAAAAGAAGGCAGAAAGAGAUGUUGAAAGGGAACAUUUUGAAACCCCCAAAAUCUGCCCCAAGUGACACAUCUUUAAUAAAGCUAUACCCCAUAAUUCUUCCCAGUUUCAUCCACUGGAGACCAAGAAUUCAAACAUAACCUACUGGACCAUUUUCAUUUUAACCACCACAUUCCACUUCUUGGCUUCUAUAAACUUAUAGCCAUAUAAUGUAUAAUACAGUUACUUUAUCUUCAAAAGUCCCCAUAGUUUAUGUCAAUCUCAAUAUAAUUUCAAAGUCUCUUCUAAACACAAUCUCUUAAUUAUAACCCUUGUAAAUUAAAAAAGCAAGUUACACACUUCCAACAUAUAAUGGCACAGGAUAUGCAUUACUAUUCCAAAAAGACUGAACUAAAGCGAGACUGAAACCCAGAAGACUAAACUCCAAAUCUUGUAGCUCCAUGUCUGAUAUCAAAGAGCUUAGCCCUACUCUUCCAGCUUUGCUGACUGCAGCCCACCUUCCUUUGGCUGGUUCUACUCUCUAUGGAGUAGAUAAACCAAAGAGCAGACAUCUUCAACAUAUUAGAGUCUCCAAAACAAUCCAGGCUUGACUUUCACAGCUUCAUACAAUGGUACUCUUGGACCUCAAUUCAGGGAUUCCCCUGACUCACAAGUUCACUUUCUUGCUUGACCUGGAACCUGUCCCUCUCCUGGGAUUACAUUUACACAAGCUUUGAUUGGUUGAUGCUUUUUUAGGACCAGAAAAUCCCUCAGGCAAGAGGCAUAGAGAAAACUAACUAGGAACAAGGGCUUUUGAAACCUCAAAGUCUACCUCUAGUCACAUAGAGGUAGAAAUCCCUCAUCCUUCCCAAACAGUUCCACUGAGUGGGAUACAAGCAUUCAAAUAUAUGAGCCUAUGGGUGAUUCUCAUCCAAAUAAUCACAUGACCUUAUGGUACAUGUGUGUCCUAUCUAUUAAAACCAGACAAGGAUAAAGAUGUAGCUCAGUGACAGGAUACUUGGCUAGAAUACAUGAAGCCCUGUGUUCACCAAGCAACACAAAAAUAUACAAAUAAACUGAAACUGCUGAAAAAAAAACAAAUUCCCCAUUCCUUUUUUAAAGGAGGAAAGGUUUUGUUUGGGGUUUUGGUUUGUAAUUACAAAUUACAUCGUUUUGGGGAAGUCAAGGCAGGAACUAAAGCAGUUAACCACAGCACAUCCACUGUCAAGAGCAAAAAGAGAAUAAAAGGCAUUCUCGCUUGCUUAACGCUCCAGCUCGUUUUCUCUACUCUUAUACAGUGCAGCCUAAGAAAUGGCCACUGUAAUCUGGGUCUUCCUACAUGAAUUAACAAGACAAACCUUCAUAGGUUAAUUUAGUCUAGAGAAUUUCUAGAUUGAAACUCCCUUCGAAGGUCAAAACACAAGUACUUAUUUGUACUGACCUUUUGGAUACAGGAUAAAAUGAUUCUAUGGCACCAAAAAAACAAGUUGAAAAUCAUGAGCACCCACACAUGCACACACACACACACACACACACACACACACACACAACACACACACACACACACACACACACGAGCCACUUUAAAACUUAGUGUGCAUACUGUCAAUACUUGCUAAUAUACUAAUUACAAAAAUUAAAAAAUUUGACACUUCAAGGCUUAACCUGAAUUUUUAGAGAAACAUUAAUCAUAAUAUCUAGAAAGGAAACAGCAGAAAUGAUCUAAUCAUUGAUGAGACAAUAAGCAAAAGUUGUAUGUAUGAACAAAGGAAUAUUCAUCAAAAAUGUUUAAAACAUCUUGAGUCUUAAAAUACUGUGCAAAGUGAAAGCAGACAGACAAAACUCCAUGUGUUGUAUGACUGUUCAUAAGGAUCCAGAAUGGGCAAAUGUGUAGAGACAGAAUAUAGUUUUUAUUUAAAAUUUUUUAGAUAAAAGGAAUUAUGUUUAUUAAUUAUUUUUUUCUUUUUUCUUUUUUUAAUUUAUUUAAUACUUAAUAAUAAUUCUUUGGUUUCCAGGCAAACAUCCCCCUCCCCCUCCCCUUCCUUAUGGGUGUUCCCCUCCCAACCCUCCCCCCAUUGCCGCCCUCCCCCCAACAGUCUAGUUCACUGGGGGUUCAGUCUUAGCAGGACCCAGGGCUUCCCCUUCCACUGGUGCUCUUACUAGGAUAUUCAUUGCUAUCUAUGAGGUCAGAGUCCAGGGUCAGUCCAUGUAUAGUCUUUAGGUAGUGGCUUAGUCCCUGGAAGCUCUGGUUGGUUGGCAUUGUUGUACAUAUGGGGUCUCGAGCCCCUUCAAGCUCUUCCAGUUCUUUCUCUGAUUCCUUCAACGGGGGUCCUAUUCUCAGUUCAGUGGUUUGUUGCUGGCAUUCGCCUCUGUAUUUGCUGUAUUCUGGCUGUGUCUCUCAGGAGAGAUCUACAUCCGGCUCCUGACGGUCUGCACUUCUUUGCUUCAUCCAUCUUGUCUAAUAGUUUUAUUUAAAUUUUUAAGUACUAUAUUUAUAUCAUUCCUAUCUCUCCCUCUCCAGCUCCCCCAUAUGUCGCAACUUCACUCUUCCUCAAAUUAAUGACUUACUAAAGCCGUUUAGUGUUGAUUACAUGUGUGUAUGUUUUUAGGGAUGAUAGCUUGGGAUUGGACCACUUACCAACAUGGAUUCUCGUCUUAGCUGGCAUUGCUUUCCUAUAGUUCUUUACCUACAGGUAGGGCCGUGUGAGAUUUUAGCCAUCCACAUGGCCAUGUUGAUUGGUGCUGUCUUUAUGCAGAUGCCAUUUAGGCAACCAUGUUGUUGAGAUCGCAUGGCUGUAGCUUCCCUGUCACAAAUAAAAGACCAUCCAGCAGCAGGCUUCCGGGUCUUCUGUCUCAUAGAUUUUCUGCCUCCUGAGAUGUCCCCUGAGCUGUUGGUUGCAGUGUAGAUGUGACAACUGGGGCUGGCCACCGCGGAGACUCUUAUUCUGCUUUAACAGUUGCAGGGGCCUGUGAUAGUCACUAUCAGCUGUUAAAUCGAGUUCCUUUGAUGAGGGCUACAUUUAUUUGUGGGUAAAAAAGUAUGUAUUUAGAAUGCAGUUAGAAAUUAAAUUGCUUUAGGAAAAUGGUGGUAGUAGUUUUCCUCUAAGGUAUGUGCCCUUUCCAACUGUGGGCAACUGCCUACCUUUAUGGAACCAGGCAUGGAUUCCUCCCUAUUGAUCAGGCUUUAAUUCCUUUUUCCUAAUUUUUCUAUUUUUUUAUUUUUCUCCCAUAUAUUCCAUUCUGAUUGCUGUCCACCCCUCCUUCCCCACAGUCUCUCCCUGCCACCUCCCUCUCUCCUUGAGUCACACCAUUCCACCUCCCUUCAGAAAGGAGCAGGCUGGCCUUCCAAAGCAGGACUUAAUUUCAAUUAGAAAGAUAUUGGUUACCUCCAAAACAAUAAUGCCACUAUUAUACCAUUGGCCACAUCUUGUCAGGGUAAUCCCUGUUAUGGUUCACAGACUUUACAGCUGGUGCUUGCAUAGUACCUCCUUGGUACCAUGGGAACUAAUCCCCAGGAAGAAAGUUUUCAGGUCAGUGGCAACUCGAGUCUCCCAGUCCUGGGCCCAGCUUGUGUUUACUCUUCAGCAAAUGGAUCUUACUUUCAAAUAAGGCAAUGGGAGGCCAUCAAAGGCGAUGACAAUAGCUCAUAUUACUUUGGGAGUCUCUUGGAAACUGCUGACCAACAGUUUGAAGAGAAGUUUCCCAUGACUGGCACUGAGGGUGUUGUUGGAUAUUCUGUGACUCUUGGGGAUACCAUUUGUCACCCUGGGUGGCAUAAUUCCGUUUAAAACACACAUACACAUGUGUGUGCAUAUAUUAUAUGUAUUUUAAGUAAACUUAUAAAUAAUGUAUUUUCCUGUACCUUUCUCAAACAUUGUUAGUGUGUUUUAUGUCUCUUUUCUCUUUCUCUCUCUGCAUUACACUUCCUUAGUCUGUAAAGUUCAUCCCACCAUUUCCCCUUCUCCCACUUCACAGCACAACUCUCUUACUGUCCCCUUCUCUAGGUAGAGCUUGUCCCUCCCUUACCUUCCCCCCCCCACAAUAGUCCUUAUCUACUUUCCGGGCUUCUUCAGUGACUAAGGGUUCUUUACUCAAAUAAAAAGGUUUAGAGUGAAGGUCCACAGUAAGAGAGGACCUGCAAUGUUUGUCUUUCUGGGACUCGUUUCGUUUCCUCAUUAUGUAUAAUAUUUAUGCCAGUUAGAAUGUGUAAGAUCAAAAAAUAAUUGACAACAAAUGGGGUAGGGAGAGGGAUUACUCCCCCAUUACUGUUGAUGGAAUUAAACUGGUGCAGCCACUCUGGAAA